GUGGUGGGCAUCCUCUGUACCCCCUCCACUCCUCCUGCAGCCCCGCAUCCCGCAUAGCACGGCUUGUAAGGCACAUUCCUCUCCUGCAGCCUGGCAUCUCAUGCAGCAUCCAGUGUGAUACACCCCAUCCCCCCCACUCAGCAUAUCCUGCAUGGCAGCUUCCAUCCCACUGCUGCCUGCUGUCCCAUGCCAUGCACCCCACACCACGCCACGCACCUGCACAGCACAUUGCUUCCUGCCUCAGACUGACCCAGCACCGCGGCACUGCUGUGUUUAUGGCACCCCUGAUCUCUGGAGGCCGGGAGCUCCUGCUGGGCUGCUAUACAUAGGUAGGCCAGCCCUGCCCCAGCAAGGCUCUGAAUGGAGCAGGCUCAGUCUUAUCAACCCAGCAUGUCAUCAGAGAGUAUUUUUGGGGACAGCAGCUGCAGGCAUUUGUAACGUUUGGUCCCUGUGUGCUGACACCCGGGAGCAGAGCUGGGGAAGCAGCAGGAGCUCGGUGCUGGCACUGGGAGACGCUGGGAGAGGCAGCAAAGCGAGGCUAAUGAUCCACGCUGCUGCUCCGGCCAGCUGCCUGCAGUGACACUGAGGAGGUGGUGAUGGAGGGGUUCGAGGGAGCCCCCAGGUUCCUGGCCUACCCACGUGCCUUCAUGGUGCAAAGUGGCACCGAUGCAGUACUGAGCUGCCAGAUCACGGGCGACCCCCGCCCGAGCAUCCUCUGGGAGAAGGACAAGAUCCCAAUUGAGCCCUCAGGCCGCUUUCAUGUGGAGGCAAAGGGGGACCUGUACAGUCUGCUGGUGUCCCGUGCCACCCCCCAGGACAGUGGGCUUUAUGUGUGCAAGGCCAAGAACAGCGUUGGCGAGACCUAUGCUGCUGCCACACUCAAGGUGGAGGUGGGAGAGCCCCGAGAGGAGGAGGGAUGCUUGGAUGGUGAAGCACCUGCCUUCCUCGUUGCCCCCUCGUCCAUACGUGCGUGCCGGGGAGAGGACGUGAUGUUCACCUGCAGGGUGUCUGGGCAGCUGUGCCCAGUGGUGCAGUGGGAGAAGGACGGUCACAAGCUGUCUGACCUCUUUGAGAGCAGCCACUUCGCCGUGGGGCAGGAGCCUGAGGACUGGCACUUCCUGAAGCUGUUUGGCGUGCGGCCCCCUGAUGGGGGGGUGUAUGUGUGCCGGGCACGCAGCGGCUCCCGGGAGGCCCUGGCAGCUGCUGUGCUCCUGGUGGAAGCCCAGGCACUGCCAGACAGGCUCCCCAGUGGCUCUCCUGAUGAUGGCCCUGAGAUGCUAGGAGAGCGGCAGCAGCGGCGGCGGCAUGCAGCAGGACAGUGCAUGAGACCAGAGACAUGGGUGCCCAAUGGCACAGUCCCAGCCAGGGUGCCAGGGGCUAAGGCAUUCACUGUGAGCGCAGGAAAGCACGCCAAGUUUCGCUGCUACGUUACUGGCAAGCCCAAGCCAGAGAUCAUCUGGCAGAAGGACGGUGAGCCCCUCACCCCUGGCCGAAGGCACCUCAUCUAUGAGGACCGGGAGGGCUACUUCAUCCUCAAGGUGCUGUACUGCAAACCCCAGGACCAGGGGCUGUAUGUUUGCACUGCAUCCAACACUGCCGGCCAGACCCUCAGCGCAGUGCAGCUCCAGGUGAAAGAGCACCGGCUGCAGUUCCAGGUGCAGCUGGCAGAUGUGGAGGUGGUGGAGAGGGAGGAUGCUGUGCUGGAGUGCCAGGUGCCACUGGAGACCAUCCCCACCGCCUGGUACCUGGAGGACAGGGAGCUGCAGCCCAGCCACAAGUAUGUGAUGGAGGAGCAAGGCGUAGUGCGGCGUCUGACCAUCCGUGAUGCCCGCACUGAUGACGAUGGCAUCUACCUCUGCCAGAUGAAGGACAAGGGGCGCAGCAUUGCUGAGGUCUCUGUCCGAGGGGUAAUUGUGAAGCGGCUGCCACGGAAGCUGGACGUGAUGGAGGGGGAGAAUGCAGUUUUCUGUGUGGAGACACGGGAGGCAGUGGAGGGUACCUGCUGGCGCCGGGAUGGGCUGCAGCUGCGGGAGUCCCCCUGCACCGUGCUGAAGAGCUUUGGCAGGACGCACCUCCUGGUCCUGGUGCAUGUCACCCGCCAGGACGCGGGCAUCAUCUCCUUCUCUGUUGGAGAGUCACAGACAUCCUCCCAGCUCCGGGUCAAGUGUGUGAAGCGUGACCCCCCGAGCGCACCGGUGGCAGCUGAGAUGAGCGUGGUGGAGAGCAACACAGCCCUGCUGACUUGGUGUCCUGCACCCGAUGCCCACCUCCGUGCCCCCAGCCGCUACCUGCUGGAGCGUCGGGAGGCGCUGGGAGGCGAGUGGGUGCAGUGCCUUGCCACCGACCUGCCCAGCCAUGUGCGGGUGCUGGGGGACAGCGUACCCCGCGAGGCCGACUACUGCUUCCGCAUCUGUGCUGCCAAUAAGCACGGCAGGAGCAGCCCUGUGGAGUUUCCUGGCUCCGUGCAUCUCGCCCCUGCAGCUCGCCUGGAGAGGGGUCUGCAGGAUGCGUGGGUGAGGGACGGCGAGGAUGCGUGGUUCUCCCUGGAGCUGUCAGCUGCAGUGCAUGGCACCUGGUUCCUCAACGGUGCCAGGCUGUGCGAGGAGAAGGAGGAGGCAGGCGGCCGGUGCAGUGUGCGGUGCCACGGGAUGGAGCACUCGCUGCUGAUCCGGGGAGUGCAGCAGGCUGAUAGCGGGGCUCAGGUCACCUUUGUGUCCGGCAGUGUGCGGGACUCGGCCACAUUGCAUGUGCACGCCCCACAGGUCCGCAUCGCACCAGUGCCCGAGGCUGAGCGGCUCCGGGAGGUGCUGACGGGGCUGCCAGUGCUUCUGGAGUGCCAGGUGUCCCCCCCUGAUGCUCCCGUUGCCUGGCUGAAGGAUGGUGAAGCCGUGCCCCUGGAUGACGUUAUUGCAGUACAGGCAGAGGGCUGUGUGCGGAGGCUGCUGCUCCGCUCGGCGGGUCCCUCGGACGCUGGCGUGUACACCUGUGAUGCUGGGGAUGAUGCCAUGAGCUUUGUGGUGACCGUGACCGCAGCACCAGUGAAAAUUGUCAGCUCCAACGAGGACGCUCCCCAUGCCUACACGAUCGGGCAGCGUGUGGAGCUGUGGUGCCAGCUCUCCCGCCCGGCGGCCCCGGUGCACUGGUACAAGGAUGGGGAGGAGGUAGAGGCAGGCGAGAACCUGGUGCUGGAACAGGAGGGGCCGCUGUGCCGGCUUGUGCUGCCCAGUGCCCAGCCACAGGACACGGGGGAGUUCGUCUGCGAUGCCGGCGGGGACUCUGUCUUCUACACCAUCACCGUGGCAGCAGCACCAGUGAAGAUCAUCAGCUCCAACGAGGACAACCCCCAUGCCUACGUGGCCGGGCAGCGUGUGGAGCUGUGGUGCCGGCUGUCCCGUCCAGCAGCCCUGGUGCACUGGUACAAGGAUGGGGAGGAGGUGGAGGCGGGUGAGAACCUGGUGCUGGAGCAGGAGGGGCCGCUGUGCCGGCUUGUGCUGCCCAGUGCCCAGCCACAGGACACAGGGGAGUUUGUCUGCGAUGCCGGCGGGGACUCUGUCUUCUACACCAUCACUGUGGCAGCCCCACAGGUUUGCAUUGCCCCAGUGCCCGAGGCACAGCAGCUGCAGGAGGUGCUGGCAGGGCUGCCUGUGCUGCUGGAAUGCCAGGUGUCCCCCACAGAUGCCCCUGUCCACUGGCUGAAGGACGGCAAGGCUGUGCUCCCAACUGGUGUCCUGGCCAUCCACUCAGAGGGAUGCUCGCGGAGGCUGCACAUCUCCACAGCCAUGCCAUCCGACUCAGGGAUGUACACCUGCAAUGCUGGGGAUGAUGCUGCCAGCUUCAGGGUGACUGUGAGAGCAGAAGCACUGGUGAGGAUCAUCAGCUCCAACAAGGACGCUCCCCAUGCCUACAUGGCAGGGCAGCGUGUGGAACUCUGGUGCAGGCUGUCCCACCCGGCGGCCCUGGUGCACUGGUACAAGGAUGGGGAGGAGGUGGAGGCAGGCGAGAACCUGGUGCUGGAGCAGGAGGGGCCGCUGUGCCGGCUUGUGCUGCCCAGUGCCCGGCCACAGGACACGGGGAACUUCAUCUGUGAUGCUGGGGAUGCGUCUGUUUCCUACCACGUCUCAGUGGCAGAGCCACCAGUGAGGAUCCUGCACCCCCUGCAGCGCUCACUGGAGCUGCUGGUGCAGCCACGGGAGCGUGUGGAGCUGCGGUGUGAGCUUUCUGUGCCAGAUGCUCCUGUGCGAUGGUUCAAGGACGGGCUGGAGGUGGACGAGACUGAAAACCUGCUGCUGGUGGUGGAGGGGGCCUGGCGCUGCCUCUUCAUCCCCAGGAGCAGCGUGGAGGACACGGGCGAGUACAUCUGUGAGAGCAAGGAUGAGGCCAUCUCCUUUGAUGUCAAAGUGACAGAGCCACCAGUGAGAAUCCUGCAGCCCCUCAGACCCAUCCCUGUCGUGACGGUGUCCCAGGGAGAGACAGUGACACUGGGCUGUGAGCUAUCCCGUGCGGAUGCACAUGUGCACUGGGCCAAGGAGGGCGUCAGGCUGGAGGCUGGAGGCAGCCUGGUCCUGGAGGAGGAGGGUGCCCAUCGCCGCCUGCUCAUCCCCGCGGCUCAGGCUGAGCACUCUGGAAAAUACAUCUGCGAUGCCACUGAUGACACAGUGACCUUCACUGUCCAAGUGUUAGACACACGGGUCAGGAUCCUGGAGAGGGAUUCGCUGCCAACCCAAUGGCAUUGCCGGGCCAUGGAGGACCUGGUGCUGGAGGUGCACCUCUCACAUGCCCAUGGGGAGGUGAAGUGGUACAAGGAUGGGGAGAAGCUGCAGGACACGGGACGUGUGCGGCUGGAGGAGGAUGGGGCACAACGCUCGCUCAUUAUCCUGGGCGCCACAGGCAGGGAUGCAGGGGAGUAUCUCUGCGACACCGGCGACGACAGCAUCAUCUUCUUUGUCACUGUGGAAGUCCCAGAGCCACCGGUGACCAUUGUGGGCAGCACAGGUGCUGUGGAGCAUCACUGCCUGGUGGCCGGGGAGGACCUGGUGCUGGCUUGUAAGCUCUCCCAGCCUGAUGCCACUGUGCGCUGGCUCCGGGAUGGCCAGGAGGUGCAGACGGGUGAGCGGGUGCAGGUCAAGGCCCGUGGGGUGCUGCGGCAGCUCACCAUCUGUGGAGCACAGCCUAGUGACUCGGGGUGCUACAUCUGCGACGCUGCCAGCGACUGCAUGGUGAUGAACGUGGAGGUGUCAGCCCGGCCCGUGCGUAUUGUCAACAAGGAGGAGGCGCAGAGCCCACUGGAGGUGCUGGAGGGGGACAGUGUGACACUGGUGGCCCGGCUGUCCCCGGAGACGGCAGCAGUGCGGUGGCAGAAGGAUGGACAGACACUGCUCUCAGGCGGGCGGCUGCUGGUGUGCAGUGAGGGCCCUGCACGCAGCCUCACCAUCAAGCAAGCAGAACUGGGUGACGGUGGCAUCUUCCUCUGUGAUGCUGGUGACGACGAGGUGCAUUUCAUGCUGCACGUGAAAGAGGCACCCGUGCUAUUUGUGAACAAGCGGGAGGAGCGGGAGAAGCUCCUGGUGCUGGAGGGUGGCAGCGCCGUGCUCUCGGCUGUCACCUCCAUGGAGCGAGCUGAUGUCACCUGGCUGGGCCCGCAACAGGCAGCAGUGCCCAGUGAGCGCUGUGAGCUGCGGCGGGACGGCCGAGUGCACAGCCUCAUCCUCCACAACAUGGCCAAGGAGGAUGCUGGCAUCUACACCUGCCUCUCCUCCCAUGACCAGAUGCAGUUUGACGUGAGCGUCCGAGAGCUGCUGGUGAAGUUCCUGCGCGGGCUGUCAGACGUGCGGGUGCGGCAGGGCGAGCGCGCUGUGCUGUGGUGUGAGCUCUGCAAGGCGCGGGGAGAUGUGGUGUGGAGGAAGGACGGGCAGGUGCUGGCACCCAGCCCCCGCCGGCAGGUAAUGGCAGAGGGACGAGAGCGCUCACUGGUGCUGAGCCACGUGGAGCCUGAGGAUGCUGGCGAGUACUGCUGCGAGUCCAACGAUGACCAGACCCUAGCGACACUGACGGUGCAGGUCCCCAGGGUGGUGGAGAUAAUCACAGAGCUGCAGAGCCUGACGGUGCUGGAAGGGGAGGAUGCCACCUUCAAGUGCCUGGUGUCCCCCGAGGAUGUGGCUGUGGCCUGGCAGCUGAAUGGCCAGCCUGUGGUCCCUGGUGAGCGGCUGCUGGUGACAAGGAGUGGGCUGUGCCACAGCCUCCACCUCCGGCAGUGCCAGCUGGGUGACGCAGGCACCGUGACUGCCAACGCCGAGGGGCUGGUGAGCACAGCCCGGCUGAGCGUGCAAGAGGCGCAGGUGCUGUUUGUGCGGAAGCUGCAGGACGUGGUGGCAGAGGAGCAGGGGGAUGUGUGCCUGGAGGUGGAAGUGAGCCAUGAGGCUGCCGAAGUGCAGUGGCUGAAGCACGGUGUCCUCCUCCAGCCGAGCAGCAAGUACCAGCUGCAGGAGGUGGGGUGUCGGCGCACCCUCACCAUCCGCUGCCUUGGCCUUGCUGACCGUGGCACCUACCGCUGCGAGACCCUGCAUGACCGCACACAGGCCAAGCUCUGCGUGGAGCCCUGGAAGGUGUCGAUCCAGACACCGCUGGCAGAUGUGGAGACCUUUGAGAAGGAGGCAGCCACCUUCCACCUGGAGCUGUCCCACCCCGGCGUGCCUGGGGUCUGGACGCGGGAUGGCAUCCGAGUGAAGCCCAGCAGCACAUGCCAUAUCAGCACCACAGGCUGUGGGCACAGCCUGACGUUGGAGAGGCUGUCGCUGGAGGACUCGGGGACCAUCACCUUCACUGCUGAUACCCUGCGCUGCAGCGCUCGCCUGCUUGUGCGGGAGCCUCCAGUCACUAUGGUGAGGGUCCCGCGGGACCUGGGAGUCCUGGAGACAGGGGUUGCCAGCUUUGAGUGUGAGCUAUCUCGCCCCAGCGCGGAGGUGAAGUGGCUCAAGGAUGGGCAGGAGCUGCGGCCAGGGCCCAACUGCCGCAUCUACUCCGUGGGUCGGCGCCGCAUCCUGCAGCUGAGCCGCUGCGAGCUGCCCGAUGCCGGCACCUACACCUGUGAUGCUGGUGACUGCUGUGCCUCCGCCACACUGCACGUCCAGGAGCGCCAGGUCCACAUCGUGCAGGACCUGCAGGACACCCACGUGCAGGAGGGUGACAAUGCUGUCUUCAACUGUGAGGCAUCGCAUGGGGACGUGAAGGGCGAGUGUUUCCGGGACGGGGAGAAAAUCAAGGUCUCCAGCACGGUGAAGAUACGGCAAGAAGGGACCCGUCAUUUCCUGCUGUUCUGCAACGUACGCCCUGAGGACAAGGGACUCAUCCGCUUCGUGGCUGGGACAGCCGUCUCGGAGGCCAACCUGGAGGUGGAAGCACUGCCCAUCCGUAUUGUGAAGCCGCUGCGGGACAAGACGGUGCUGGCGCACCACAAGGCAACGCUGGAGUGCACCGUGUCCCACGCCCGGGGCCGAGUGCGCUGGCUCCGCGGGGACACCGAGAUCUUUGCCGGUGACAAGUAUGAGAUCUGCAACCUGGACUGCUACCGCACGCUGAUUAUCCACCACGUGGGCCCUGAGGACGAGGACUCCUACACCUGCGAUGCCUUUGAUGACCGCUCCACCGCCCGGCUCCUUGUGGAGGGGAGCUAGGAGCCAGGAUGCUGCACACAGACAGACAGAUGCCACUGCUGGGAGAUGGGAUC